GGGUUUCCCCUGAGAACUCGAUGAAGUGAAGUUAGUUCACGAACCAUUAAAAAAUACCUAUUUGAGGGGUUUUUUAAUAACCAGUUAAAUUAAUUAAGUACAGAUAAAAUUAUUUUUAUUGAUAGCACUCCAAAUUAAAAUAUUUGUUGCACUUUUUCGCAUUUUCAUAACCUCAAUUUCGGUAACGUGAAUUUUAAAGACAUGUUAAAUGUCAAAUGUGGCAACCCUGUAACCAAUAUAACCUAAGUAGUCGAUGUCAAAGAUGUCAAACGAGACGAGUUCCAACACUUCAGACCCAACCGAGUUCACGAGCACAAAUCUCGAAAAGGCAAAUCCAUAAGGAAUAAGCAAGUAUCAGUUAUGCUGAUCGUCUCGUAUGUAUUCCAUUGCGACUCAGUUUAAUCAGAUUUAGAUUGACUCAGGGAAGACAUCUGUACUCGUUCUUUAAAUUUUGUAUCGAUCCUUCUGCAGAAAAUAUUAUAAGAGUGGUGAUAGUUUUUGUCAAUAAAUCAGAAUUAUAAAAAUUAACCAUCAACAAUGUCAGUCGCGUCGCAUAAUACGGAUCAAAAAUUCAAUGUCGAAUGACGAAUGUCAACAAAUGAAGUCGUAGAACGUUAAUGUCACAGCUCGUAACAUUUUGAAGCAGCGAAGCUAUGGUGUCGACCCACCUCUUCUAUCAGAAAUAUAAAAAGAAGAGUUUUCGCCCUCUACCAGAUAUGGCCACGAAUCUUCUUUCAUCUCGCUGACGGAUUUUUCUCAAUAUGAUUUUUAGCAUCAACCUUGGAUAUAAAAACUCGUGCCAAAAAUCAUCAAUGGCGGAAUUGCGGGAAUCAUUGGAGUAUCCGUGGUGUUUCCACUGGAUUUGGUCAAAACAAGAUUGCAAAAUCAAGUUAUCGGACCUAAGGGAGAAAAGAUGUAUUCCUCAAUGUUUGACUGCUUCAAAAAAACGUAUGCCGCCGAGGGUUAUUUUGGGAUGUAUAAAGGUUCAGCAGUCAAUAUUCUUUUGAUCACACCGGAAAAGGCCAUUAAACUUGCAGCCAAUGAUGUGUUUAGACAUCAGUUAACUCCAGGACCAGGGCAAAACCUUUCACUAAUUCGAGAAAUGCUUGCUGGAGGUUCUGCUGGAGCUUGCCAAAUAGUUAUAACAACUCCUAUGGAGUUGCUUAAAAUUCAGAUGCAAGAUGCUGGCAGAGUUGCUUCUGCUGCUAAAACAGCUGGAAAAGAAGUGCCGAAGAUAUCAGCCUGGUCUUUAACAAAAAACCUUUUUAAAAAAAGAGGAAUCUUAGGACUUUAUCAAGGAACUGGUGCAACGGCUCUUAGAGAUAUUACUUUCUCUGUUAUUUAUUUCCCGCUUUUCGCCAAUCUCAAUGCUCUCGGUCCAAAACGUGAAGAUGGAUCUUCUGUGUUUUGGUGUUCAUUCGUAUCUGGAUGUGUUGCUGGUUCAACAGCAGCGUUGGCUGUUAAUCCGUUUGAUGUAAUUAAAACGAGACUUCAAGCCAUAAAUAAAGCUCCUGGUGAACCUACCUACGAUGGCGUCUUAGACUGCAUCGGAAAAACCUUGAAGAAUGAAGGACCUACGGCAUUCUUUAAAGGAGGAGCAUGCAGAAUGAUGGUUAUCGCUCCUCUAUUCGGAAUUGCACAAACGGUCUAUUAUCUCGGCGUAGCUGAACAAUUAAUGGGUCUCCAGUAAAACUAUCAUCUUUCCAUUGGACUUUAGAAUUUAAAUACCAAGCAAUUACUGAACAUAAAUGACAAUAAUGAUCAAAUAUCUUAACAAUACGAACUAUAUUAGCUAGCUGUUUUAUAUUCAGGGCAUAACAGUAUCGUGGCUUCAGGAUUGUACUUUUAAUUUAUAUUUUAAAAACGUAUACAAACAGCAUAAAGCGAUUGUCUUCAGAUAUUUGUGAUCUUUGUAAGUCCAGAUUCUUUAAUAUUAAUCCUUUACCUAAAUAUCAAUCCAAUCUUCGAACUUUUUUAUUUAAAUUCAAAUUUGAAUCACAAAACUCUUCAACUCGCUAAAACGAAACAGUAUUUUAAUUAAAAAAGGUCCUGAGUAGAUUGAAAUGUAGUUGCCGACUUUCUGAAACUUUAGACUUUGUAGGAUCAUAGAAGGCAUUCAAUUCAGCGUUUUUCAAACUUUGUUGGCUAGAGAUUCGAUAGCUCACUUUUGAUUUGCGAAAGCAUAAAAGAAGUCGUUUUGUAUCGCUUCAUGCUCAGGUGUCGCAGUAUUAUUAAUUUUUCUACCACUUUUCUCUCCUGAAGCCAUCAAUAAAUGCAAAUGGUCAAUUAGAUCAAACUAAGAUCGCGAAAAGUAAAAGAUUCUCGUUCUAUCCAUAUCUAAGAGCUUUGUUGUAAACUAAGAACGUUGUAAAGAAAGAUGUACAAAUUUAUUUUUUAUUGCAAGGGAUUUUUGAAGGCCAACCAAGUGCCAGUCGCGCCUAUUUUUUAUUCUUUGAAUCUUCUUGAAUUACAUCAAGAGCCAUAUCCGAAAUUCGUGUCCUAAAGUAGUUAUCAAGAAAAGCUUGAAUCAUUAUUGUGGUGCUGCGGUUUGUUGUAUAAAUGAAUUAAUUAUGUAUUCUCCCAGAUUUGGAAGUUAAUUUAAAUAAGCUGUGAUUUUCUAGCUUAAUCUUGAAUCAUUGUUUGUGCUGAUAGCUUUGAAAUUAGAAUAAUAAGGGGCAUUGCUGAUAAUAGUUAUCCCCGAGCGAAAAGAGAACUGUCAUUUUUUUUGGACUCGAAGUUUCUUUUUUAAAAACAGUAUACAUGUUAUAUAUAAGUGUCAGAUGCAAAUGUAUUUAAAAGAAGAACAAAAUGUUCAACGAAUCUCCGGCAGCGAACGAAUCACUGCCGUUCGAUUGUUAUUUAAAAUAUACAUGUUAAAAGAAA